CCCCAGUACCGCAAAAAAAAAAAAGAAAAUAAUGGGAUAAUAGUGGUACCUACCUCACAGAGUUGAUAUGAAGAGUAAAUGAGCAAACCAAUUAGCACAGUGACUGGCACAUAAUAAGCACUCCAUAAUUUUAGCUGGAAUUACCAGGCAUGUUUCUUAGAAUGGUUAAGUGUUGGCAGCACGGAACACAAACUGUAGUGGAGAAAGACUGAUGGAAAGAGAUCGAAUUAAGACAUUGCAAUUUAAAUCCUAAAUAAGAUCUCCAGCUAGGAUUUGGAUGGAGCAACUUAGGGAGAUGAAAAGGUCUAGCUUGGGAGAUUGGUUUGCCAAAUUCAGAGAUCAAGGGUAGCCGGAGGGUAGGGGUGUGGGUGCAGGAAAAGAUAAGGUCAGUUUAGGACCUGUUAAAUAAAAAGCAAAGCCGUUUAAAAUGGGAACCAGAAGAAUAUCAAUAUUUAAGAAGGAGAGUCCAGGAGAAGCGGCGGAGGAAACUAGUGAGAAAGAUUUCACCGUCAGCGUCAACUGUUUGUAGUGUAUAGUGGGGGACAGAGACGGAUGAAGGAGCCCACCACCAUUGGCUGUUUAUGUUAUACAAGCCUCCCACCGAACUCUCCAAAGUGCAUACAUCUUAUUUUUUAGUCAGUUCCUUGCUUCUUGCUUCACAGUUUUCUGCUUCAUGGGGACAAAGUGUUUUUCCUCUUGGUCGCUCUUAACUCAAGGAGGAAAAAGGUCUAGCAUCUCCCAAUACGAUAACGUGGGCGACCUCGAAUUAGGGAGCAGGUAGAAGGGAGAGGGGGAGGAAAAUUAUUUUUACGAAAAGGAAGAGUCCGCGACGACCUCUAAUAAUUAAAGUUCCACCUCCCCAUAUCCUGCCACGCUGUUCUCCCGCCGCUGGUCUCGGGCUCCUGGUCGCAAAGUAGGACGGGAGAUGUAGUCCUUAAAACUGCCCAGGGUGGCACGACUGAAGAACUCGGUUUCCCAACUGGCUCUCCAGGCGCGUGCGCAGAUGGCUGUCCCUGCGAGUGGUAAACAGAGACGUCAGGCUGGGGCUGCUGCUUGGAGCAAAACAAAAGGGAAACCCGGGGGGCGGGGGGUGGGGGGUUUGAUAGGGGAAUUGGUGCAGGAAUAAGGGAGGCUGGGGUACGCGAGAACCCUCACCCUAGUAAGAGUGGCAAGAAGGGAAGAGGCGGGGAAGGGGGAGUCUAGGGGAGGGGCAAGUGACGCUGGGGAGCGGGAUUUGGGGGAGGGCAGUGAUCCGGGAGGAGGAAAUUUGGGAGGAGUGUCCGGGGGGCAGCAACUUAAAAGGGGGAGGGACCUGCGGCUAAGAAGACGUUCGAUGGUGGAGCGCAAUGUAUGAGGGGAUCCUGUGCCUCAGGUUUAAAAGAGCAGGAAGCUAAGUGAGAGCUUGGAGAAAAAGUGUCUUCGCUAGGCAGCGGUUACAGGUGGUGUCUCGAAAAAGAGCUCUCAGGCUGCAGACUGUAGUUGGCGAGGGGAUCAGAGAACUGCGUGGAAGGGACAGUUUGGGGUCUAGCGUCCUGAGGCGAGGGAGGAAGUUCAUGACUUUCUGGGGACUGGCAGGAAUGUGCCUCCUGGCCCUCGGUGCUUCCCCCCUUGGGGGAAGCAUGGUGAGGGACUCUGGCAGGCUCCACUGAACGCUGAGCCACGGAGGUCCAACUCCACGUAUGGAUCCAGGGAAUAAGAAUUCAGCCACAGAGGCUGCCGCGAUUGUAGACCUCGAUCCCGACUUCGAACCCCACAGCCGUCCCCGUUCCUGCACCUGGCCCCUUCCUAGACCAGAGCUUGCUACUGAGCCGUCGGAGCCGCCCGAGGUGGAGCCAGGUCUGGGACAGAAGGUACACCCGGAGGGGCGCUCCGAGCCGAUCCUGUUGCCCUCCCAGCUCCCAGAGCCGGCAGGGGGCCCCCAGCCGGGGAUCCUGGGGGCUGUAACAGGUCCUCGGAAGGGAGGCUCCCGCCGGAAUGCCUGGGGAAAUCAGUCCUAUGCAGAACUCAUCAGCCAGGCCAUUGAAAGCGCCCCGGAGAAGCGACUGACACUCUCUCAGAUCUAUGAGUGGAUGGUUCGCACUGUGCCCUACUUCAAGGACAAGGGUGACAGCAACAGCUCAGCGGGAUGGAAGAACUCCAUCCGCCACAACCUGUCCUUGCACAGCAAGUUCAUCAAAGUUCACAACGAGGCCACUGGCAAGAGCUCUUGGUGGAUGUUGAACCCUGAGGGAGGCAAGAGCGGCAAGGCACCCCGCCGCCGGGCUGCAUCCAUGGAUAGCAGCAGCAAGCUGCUCCGGGGCCGCAGCAAGGCCCCCAAGAAGAAACCAUCUGUGCUGCCAGCUCCACCUGAAGGUGCCACUCCCACGAGCCCUAUCAGCCACUUUGCCAAGUGGUCAGGCAGCCCUUGCUCUAGAAGCCGUGAAGAAGCCGAUAUGUGGACCACUUUCCGUCCACGAAGCAGUUCAAAUGCUAGCACUGUCAGCACCCGGCUGUCCCCCAUGAGACCAGAAUCUGAAGUGCUGGCAGAGGAGGAAAUGCCAGCCUCGGUCAGCAGCUAUGCAGGGGGCGUCCCCACCCUAAAUGAAGAUCUAGAGCUGCUAGAUGGGCUCAAUCUCACAUCUCCCCACUCGCUGCUAUCCCGGAGCAGUCUCUCGGGCUUCUCUUUGCAGCAUGCUGGAGUUACUGGCCCCUUACACACCUACAGCACCUCCCUCUUCAGCCCGGCAGAGGGGCCCCUGUCACCAGAAGGGUGCUUCUCAAGCUCCCAGUCUCUAGAGGCCCUGCUUACCUCUGAUAAGCCACCACCCCCUGCAGAUGUCCUCAUGACCCAGGUAGAUCCUAUUCUGUCCCAGGCUCCCACACUUCUGUUGCUGGGUGGGAUACCUUCCUCCAGUAAGCUGUCCACAGGAGUGGGCCUGUGUCCCAAGCCCCUAGAGGCUCCAGGCCCCAGCAGUCUGGUUCCCAGCCUACCUAUAAUGGUACCACCUCCAGUCAUGGCAGGUGCUCCCAUCCCCAAGGCCCUGGGAGCUCCUGUGCUCACACCUUCUACUGAAGCAGCAGGCCAAGACAGAAUGCCUCAGGAUCUAGAUCUUGAUAUGUACAUGGAGAACCUGGAGUGUGACAUGGAUAACAUCAUCAGUGACCUCAUGGAUGGGGGUGAGGGACUGGACUUCAACUUUGAGCCAGAUCCCUGAGUCGUGGCUGGAAGCUUUGUCCCCUGCUUUAGAGAUGGACCCUGGGCAUCCAUAUCCACUCUUUUCCCUUGAGCCCUCCCCAGGAAUUUAGGACACCCCCCCCCUUCAGAGCUAGGGUGGGGUCUAGUCACACAAACGGGUAUUGAGGAAAUUGUAAAGAUAAAGCUGCCCCAUAUGGGGUCGAUGUGGGGGAGGGUGAUGGGGGGGGAAGAGGGUUUAUUCUCACUGUGCCAAUUAGGAAGUAAGGCCCUUUCUCAGGAGCCAUCCUCAGCUUCCCCAUCCCAUCCCUGGGCUUUGAAGCAGGGGCCAGCAUUGCUGUUUGAAAUGUGAAGUCACCAGUGGCCUUACCCCUGCCUUUGGGAGCAGGAUUUUUUGUAGAGAGUCUUAUCUGAGCUGGACCAGGCUAAAUUGAGCCUGGGAUUUUUAUGCAGUGGCCCCUUAGGCCAGUGGGCGGGGGAUAGGGAACCUUAAAAGGCCAAAGGUCUGGGCACUGGAGUGGCUCACCAGGCCAGUCACCUUUGGAAGACUGCAGAUAACAGAAAGGCUUUUUAUAAAUUUUUAAAGAAAUAUAAACACAAAUAUAGAGGUUUUUUUUUUAAUAGUGGCAAGGUGCUAGUGGUGGCGAGAAUGCUUUUUUCUUUCUGAAGGCUUUGUCAUAGUGACAUGAUACAAACACUACAGACAUUACUAGGGGAGACAUGGGGAAAUUAGAGGCGAGGAGGGGAGCAGUAGCAAACAAGAGCUUCCAUUUGGGCCAGGUCUAGAAAAAGGUCUAUAUAACUAGGUUCGAGUUGCCCUAAGGAAAAAUUUAAGCCAAGUACCCUCUUUCGGUCAAUUUAUGCCAGUGGUGACGAACCUAUGGCACGUGUGCCAUGGCAGACUGUAUCAUUGAAAGCUCUAAAAGGUUCCCCAUCACUGACUUAUACCUAGGACAGUGUGGUGUUGGGGUGUGGCCACCCACUUGUUUUAUCCAAUGUGGGUUCUUACUACUGGAGGAGAGUGUUUUGAAGGCCUGUAAUUAGCUUGGGGCGUGGCAGGAGGGGCAGAAGAGGAGAAAAGGAGGAAAGGAUUUAGAAUGGUAAAGUUAGGUACAGAGACUUCCCUGUGCAAGGGCCCUGACAGCUGUCCCUGCCCUUCUUUUCCUUCCCUGACUGCAGGGGUUAUGGGGGGGGGGGCAGCUGGGAAGCUUUACUGAGGGUCUGGGAAAUGAGCAGAGAUGGGGGAAUGUGGAUCAGGUUUACUAGCACCUGCUAGGGAGGCCAUCUGGGGUUCUUUCUCCACCCCAGCCCCCAGAGCAGCCCCUCCCCCAGUGACCUUUACAUUGUCCCCUCCCCCACCCCUGCUGUGGGUUCCCAUCAUUUCCUGUGUCAGCGCUUGGCUUACCCAGAUUGUAUCAUGUGCUAGAUUUGAGUGGAGAAGUGUGUCAAAUCAAUAAAUGAAUAAAUUCAAUAAAUGCCUAUAUAACAGC